AGUUUGACAUCUCUAAUUUUUUGUUUACAACUGCAAAACAAGAUGAAUCCGCUGGACAAAAUACACGCUCUGGAUGAGAUCGAAAAGGAGAUUAUCCUGUGCAUGCAGAGUGCCGGACAAGCCCUGCAGGAGUUGGGCAAGGAAAAGUCGUCGCAGAAAAAUGCCGAAACUCAGUCGCAGCAGUUCCUCAAGAGCCUGUCCAGCGUGGAAUCGAAGCUUUCCGAGCAGAUCAACUACUUGACCCAGGUGUCCACCGGUCAGCCGCACGAGGGUUCCGGCUAUGCGUCCGCCAAGGUGCUCCAAAUGGCCUGGCACCGCAUCCAGCACGCGAGAUCCAGAGUUCGGGAACUGGAGGAGACGAAGGCCAAGCACUCACAUGCCGCCCGUCAGCAGCUGAAGCGCCAGCAGGAGCAUGCCGCCGCCCAGCAACAGCAGCAGCAACAACAACAGCAGCAGCAGCAACAACAAAUGCAACAGGCGGCACAGCAACAACAGGCGGGCGGUGGAAACACGAGUGGAGGUGAUCAUCCCAUGGGCGGCGACUCCUCCAUGUCCACCAACUAAUCCGGGGCUAAGUUUAAGGGUAAGGGUUUCCAUUUUUUAAACCGAAUAAAUAGCAU